UUCCAACAGAGAAGAACAUCAAGAAUCCCCGGAGAAAGCUUCUCACAAGUUGCAGUGAGGAAUCAUGGGUGUUCUUGGUGCCCUUGCCAGGCAUUUGGAUUCUCUUGUUGGGCCUGGAAUCAUGCUGCUUUAUCCGCUAUACGCGUCGAUGCGUGCGAUCGAGAGCCCCUCUUCCCUGGAUGAUCAGCAGUGGCUCACCUACUGGGUCUUGUACUCCCUGAUCACCCUCUUCGAGCUCUCAUGCUGGAAGGCUCUCCAGUGGCUGCCUCUGUGGCCCUACAUGAAGCUCCUCUUCUGCUGCUGGUUGGUGCUGCCCAUCUUCAACGGCGCGGCCUACAUCUACGAGACGCACGUCCGGCGCUACUUCAAGAUCGGCCAGUACGUGAGCCCCGCCUACAACGAGAGGCAGAGGAAGGUUCUGCAGAUGAUGAGCCUUGACGCGCGCAAGUCCGUCGAGCGAUUCAUCGAGACGCACGGGCCCGGUGCCUUGGAGAAGAUCAUCCAGGCGGCCGAACAGGAAGCCAAGAGAGCCUAGUUUAGCUUGCGGUGAAGUGGAAGGCAUUCUUUCAAUUGGGGGAAACGAAUGGAAAUGGCUGCCGUGUGUUGUGAUUAAUGUGCCUGAGCAGUUGUAAUCCUUGUGCCGUGUGCGUGUGAUUAGUCGGCUUGUUGGGCUUGGGAAGAUACCUUGCUGCAGCUAUGUGAGAGUUGACACAACACAACAGGCUACAUACUUGGUGUACAGUACAAUCAUGUGAAAAAUGUUCUUAUCUGACAGACCAAACCAGCCUAUGAAUGAAAGCCCAGAAUUCUAACUGUCCAA